UCCAACUGCAUAUAGGCUGCGCGCGCAGCAAAUGAUGUCGCAAAAGAAGUUGGUCUGUUUACGGUAGAAUUUUUAAUAAUUUAUCUGCGAUUUUUCGGAUUCACUGGACAAUUUUGCGUGACAUAACAUCAUGUCCGCCAUAUUUAAUUUUCAGAGCUUGCUGACUGUAAUAUUAUUGCUCAUAUGUACCUGUACCUAUAUCAGAUCACUGGCACCCAAUUUGUUCGACAAACGGCUAGGAAAGGUUGGUUUUCAGGGUACUUUUUGGAAAUGUGCUAGGAUUGGCGAAAGAAAAAGUCCAUAUGUGGCUUUUUGUUGUGUCUUUAUGGCCUUUAGCAUUUUAUUUUGGUCAUAGAGUUUAUAAUCGUUUGGCCAAUGCAUUUGGGUUGUUGUACGUACUCUAAUAUUAUGUUAAUGUAUUUAUGCACGAAAGCUGGAAAUGAGAAUAAAAAGCCGUUUUGA